UCAAAUAAUAAUAAUAAUAACACCAGUUCUUUCGCUUUACCGUCGCAGUCAAUAUACCGAUCAAAAUGAAGCUAACUCAGAUCCUCGCGCCCGUCGUUGGGUUGUUUGCUGUUGCGAAUGCUUGGGGUGAGACCGCAGUUUGGACAACAGUCGUGGAAACUGACUACACUACUUACUGCCCGUCCCCUACUACUUUCGCCUGGCAUAAUGUGACAUAUACUGCUACUACAGAGACCACUCUUACUAUCACCAACUGCCCUUGCACCGUUACUUACUCUCAACCUCCUCCAGUCACCAUAACUUCGUACCCUACGCCAACUCUUGUUCCUACGGGGACUGCCCCUUUCUCCUCUUACCCUUAUUCCAACGUGAGCUCUACGGUCAUCACUUACACCCCGACGCCGUCAACUUACAUCUCUGGAACCGUCCCCAUCACCACCCCUUCAGUCCCGACAGUCCCGACUAACCUCCCCAUCCCGCCCACAUCCUCCGGCCCGGUGGUGAUCCCCACUGCGGCUGCCGGUAAGGUUGGACCCGUCGGUGCUCUUCUUGCUGCUGGCCUCGCUGCACUCGCUCUGUAGACUAAGUAAUACGAGACCUCGUACUAUUGCGUUUUGCAGAUACCCAUUUUUUGUUUUUUUUUUAUAAUACCUAGGCGGCGAAUGAUUCCCCUCACCUUUUGGAUGAAGCUAUGAUUUGAUAUGGUUGGCAUCUGGAAGCGGAAGUGGUUAGCGGCCUCGUUCUAUACCCUCAUUAAACCAAGCGAUACCCCUGGGAGCUUGGCAUGCUAUUUACGAUGGAUGACUUUGACGAGAUGAUGUGGGCUAGCAUAAAGGAAGGCGGAGUUAUGUUGAGGCUCACACACGGGGAGGUUUAUAUCUAGUAUAUUAAUCUGCGUGUAUGCACGCAUAUUGGCUAAUUCGAUGCCAACAAGCUUCGAAACUACACUCCCUGAAGCUAACCCGGUAUUCUGGGUGGUGCAAUAAUAACGUAUAUAGAAAAUACCAUAAUAAUCACCAAA